CAUCGUGAAAGGCUGCAUGACCCUUACAAAACACAGAAGUGGACGAAAUCACGGUCCGGGCGUCUGAGAGUCGAAAAAUUCUACCAUUAUGACGCUUUUAUGCGUGUUUUCAUUGGUCACCUUGUUGGCGUAAGGGACUCAACUGCCCCUAUAGGGAACGAUUUAUGGCCGGGGUGCGGACCCUGCAGUUAAGUGGUGGGUGCUCAAAUAAUGAUCGCGACGUAAUGACGAUUUACGGCCGGUGACGAAAUGAGGAACCUUAACCUUACGCUGCCAUGGAAAGAAGAAAGGUCAACGAUGCCACUGAAUAUUAUUGCGUACAGGAACCACCAAUAUUUGGGCUUUCGUCUAACCAGACGAUGAGGACUCUACUCCCAUUGAGAAACCAUCACUAUUCUAUACACCAAUGACAAGUUUUCAGCUUCAGAUCUAAGCGUAAACGUUUCUCUGUGCCCUUAAUUCCCUCUUCUUAUAGAGUAAAUAUUAUUAUUGCCCCCUUUUGUUUAAAUUCUUGAUGCCAUGGAGUGUAAUUGUUUUGGUCUUCUAGACUGAUUUUUCUCUUUAAUUCUUAUUUUUUGUUAUUUUGAUUGUUUCCUUUGAUGGGUGAGGAAGAAAUGGUUGGUAUUGUCAAGGAUGCAGAUGCUAAAACAAAAUCAAAGUUGACCCUUCUACCAUUAAUAGCUCUCAUCUUCUAUGAAGUCUCUGGAGGACCCUUUGGGGUUGAAGAUUCUGUUAGGGCCGGAGGUCCCCUUCUAUCCUUGCUUGGUUUCUUAAUUUUCCCACUGUUCUGGAGCAUCCCGGAAGCUUUAAUUACCGCUGAGCUUGCAACCAGUUUCCCUGAAAAUGGUGGAUAUGUUCUUUGGGUGUCUGCAGCUUUUGGACCCUUCUGGGGUUUCCAAGAAGGUUUUUGGAAAUGGUUCAGUGGGGUCAUGGACAAUGCUCUUUACCCUGUUUUGUUUCUGGAUUACUUGAAACACUCUUUUCCAAUCUUCAAUCGGUUGAUUGCUCGAAUACCUACUCUCUUGGGAAUUACGGUUUCUUUGACAUAUUUGAAUUAUAGAGGUCUGCACAUUGUGGGGUUUUCUGCUGUCGCCCUUGCCAUCUUUUCACUUUUCCCCUUCUUAGUCAUGGGUCUUCUCUCCAUUCCCAGGAUAAGGCCUAAACAGUGGUUAGUGGUAGAUUUAGGAAAGGUGGAUUGGAGGGGAUACUUUAAUAGUAUGUUUUGGAAUUUGAAUUACUGGGAUAAAGCUAGUACCUUAGCAGGAGAGAUUGAGAACCCGAGCCGCACUUUCCCCAAGGCCCUGCUGGGAGCUGUGGUUUUGGUUGUUUCUUCAUACUUGAUUCCACUCCUUGCGGGUACAGGAGCUUUGGAUUCUGCACAGAGUGAGUGGAGCGAUGGAUACUUUGCAGAGGUGGGGAUGCUGAUAGGAGGGUUGUGGCUUAAGUGGUGGAUCCAAGCAGCGGCUGCAAUGUCUAACAUGGGGUUGUUUGAGGCUGAGAUGAGUAGUGAUGCCUUCCAACUUCUUGGGAUGAGUGAGAUGGGGAUGCUUCCUGUUUUUUUCGCUUCAAGAUCAAAAUAUGGGACACCAACUAUUAGCAUCCUGUGCUCUGCAACUGGGGUUGUAUUCUUGUCAUGGAUGAGCUUCCAGGAGAUCGUGGAAUUUCUUAAUUUUCUCUAUUCUAUAGGAAUGCUUCUCGAAUUUGCAGCUUUCAUCAGGUUGAGAAUAAAGAAACCAGAUCUUCACCGACCAUACAUGGUUCCCUUUAAUACAUUUGGGGUGACAGUUCUUUGCCUGCCACCAGCAUUGUUGCUUGUUCUUGUUAUGUGUCUAGCUUCAAUCAAGACUUUUUUAGUAAGUGGCAGCGUAAUCAUACUUGGGGUCUUUCUGUACCACACUAUAGCACAUUUGAAGGAGAAGAAGUGGACCCAUUUUGACACAUCACCAGCUGUGCCGUCUGAUAAUGUUUUAGAUGAAGUUCCUGUUUUGUCCCAACCGCAUCAGGAAAAUGUAGAUGAGUCUUCAAUAAGCCUUUUAUCAGAAUUUCCAUCCACUAAGAUAGGACAACAAUCUUCUGAAAUCAUGCUUGAGCAUGUUUUAAAAUUGGAAUAGAAAAGUAUUAUUAUUCCUGUGCUAGUCAGAUAAAUGUAUUAAUAUUAUAACUGUUCUUUUCAGAAUUCUAUGGUUAUAUCUUGAAGAAAAUAUGCUUUCUGUGUAA